GUUGCACGGUUACCGUUGCUAUGGAGGGCCUAGCGCCCCCUCGCCACUCUCUCGCCCCGACAAAGCUUUGAUUUGCGGAGAUGGUGAAGCAAACGAUCCAGAUCUACGCCCGGGUCAAGCCCCUCGGCAGGAGGCAGCCGCCGGGGAUAUAUUCAGUUGAACAAGAUGAGGCAUCAGCAUUCAGUUUGGAGAUUAUUGUGCCACGUGAUUUGGCAGAUGGAUUUGUCAAUAACAAACGAGAAAGCUACAAAUUUAAAUUUCAGAAAGUUUUUGAUCAGGAAUCAAAACAGGAUGAAAUUUUUGAAGCCAUUGCCAAGCCGGUUGCAGAAUGUGCUCUAGCUGGCUAUAAUGGCACCAUAUUUGCUUAUGGACAGACGGGCAGUGGCAAAACGUUUACCAUAACAGGAGGAGCAGAACGUUACAGUGAUAGGGGCAUAAUUCCACGGACGCUAUCUUACAUAUUUCAUCAGUUGCAGAAGGAUAGCAGCAAAGUAUACACAACACAUAUUUCCUACUUAGAAAUAUAUAAUGAGUGUGGUUAUGAUCUGCUGGACCCACGGCAUGAAGCCUCCAGACUAGAAGAUUUGCCAAAGGUGACAAUAAUGGAAGAUCCUGAUCAGAACAUUCAUCUGAAACAUCUCUCUUUGCAGCAAGCAACCAAUGAGGAGGAAGCACUGAACCUUCUUUUCUUAGGAGACACUAACAGGAUGAUUGCAGAGACGCCAAUGAAUCAAGCCUCCACUCGUUCACAUUGUAUUUUCACCAUUCACAUCUCAAGCAAAGAGCCAGGUUCUGCAACUAUUCGACGCUCCAAACUACAUUUAGUGGAUCUGGCUGGUUCAGAGCGUGUUGCUAAGACUGGAGUUGGAGGCCAGUUGCUGACAGAAGCCAAAUAUAUCAAUCUGUCAUUACAUUACUUGGAACAGGUGAUCAUUGCUCUGUCAGAGAAGAAUAGGUCUCAUAUUCCCUACAGGAAUUCUAUGAUGACCUCGGUGCUGAGAGACAGCCUAGGAGGGAACUGUAUGACCACAAUGAUUGCCACACUCUCAAUAGACAAAAGGAACAUAGAUGAAUCAAUAUCAACUUGUAGAUUUGCUCAGCGAGUUGCCCUUAUUAAGAAUGAAGCCAUUCUAAAUGAAGAAAUUGACCCCAGACUGAUAAUAGCACGACUAAAGAAGGAAGUUCAGGACCUAAGAAAUGAACUAGCCAUGGUGACUGGGGAACAAAGGCAAGAAGAACUGACAGAGGAAGAGCUACAACAGGUAGAUGAACAGAUUAAAAGUUUUUUGGAAGAUAUGGAUCCUGAGAGCACAUUGGAGUUAGGAGCUGAUAUGCGGAAGAUCAAACACUCUUUCAAACAUUUAAAGAGUUUGGUUAAUAAUGCAAAGUUACCCACCAACCAUCUGCUUGCAUCAGACACUAAUAAUUCAGUUGGGUAUGAAGAGUUGAAGAAGUUGAAGGAUCUUCUGCAGCAACGAGACAACGAAAUCAAUAUUUUAGUAAAUAUGUUAAAGAAGGAAAAAAAGAAAGCACAAGAUGCUCUUCUCCAACUCAGUGCUUCUCCCAAGGAGAUCGCAACCUCAGAAAGUGAGAUGUUUUCUGUCACUUUGGAAAAUAGAUCCAGUUUACUUCACAGGAGCACAGGAGUGAGAGGAGAAAUGUCACUUGGACGUAAGGAGGCCUUUGAAAUUUUCAAGAGAGAUUAUGCCGAUAGCAUAACCAUUGAAGACAAUAAACAGCUCCUUAAGCAAAGGUUUGCUGAAGCAAAAUCUAUGGGAGAAAAAGUAAAUGAAAUAAGAAACAAAAUCAAUCAUUUGAAAGAGGAGAUAAACCAGCGGCACAUGCAGAAAGCAGCUCAAGCUGUUGUCAGUCCUCGACAAAUGAAUGAGCCUGACCCAAUAGAAGAGACCCUUCGGACACAAAUUGAACAGGAGAAGAAAAGUUACAAAACAAUGUUUACACACUUGAAAGGAAUGAAGAUAGAGAUUGAGCACUUGCAGCUACUUAUGGAAAAAGCCAAGGUGAAGUUGCAAAAAGACUUUGAAAUUUGGUGGUCUGAGGAGACGAGAAACUUGCAGGAAGAAAAGCCACUUCUGAAAAAUUCAGCCAGUGUAGUAAAGAUUCCUCCUUUGCUUCUUGAAGCCCAACCACAUUCAUACGGUACCAGGGUUCCAAAUAACAGCAGAGCCAGCUUCAAUGAAGAGCGUUCUGUGAAGAGCAGUCUGAGCAACUCGCCCUCAAAAGCAAGGAUUUCACCGGACCAAAGUUCAUCUAUCUCCUUCACAGGAGACCACCAAACAGAUGCUGACAUUUUAGCUUUCAUUAGGGCCAGGCAGAAUCUCAUACAAAAGAAAGGAUUGGGAAACAAAUGAAUUUUGUCAUACAACAAGCUGCCUUUUCAAAAUAAAAACUAGCAGUGCAGAGCUACUGCAACACCAAAUGAAUGGACCUUUGAGCUACAGCUGAAUUUACAGGAGGCAAAAAAACUUUGGUUUUGUCCAAGGAAUAACAUGACAAAACGAUUUCCAUUAUUGCCCUUGAGAUGCUGAGAACCUGUAUGUUUGUGGACCCUCUUCCCCUCUAUUUUUGGAUAAUGUAUUAUCAUAACUAUUUUUGGAAACAUUUGUGCUCAAAAAUCAGUUUCUGUUCAGGGCUUUGCUGAACGAUGACUGCCAUAUAUCAGAAAAUAAUAUGUUACUAAAUGCAGAAAGACCACCAAAAAAAAUCACUUGACACAAGCUGAGAAUUAAUCAAUGUGUAAAGGAAAAUUGUAAUGUUUAUCCUCAAUUUCUCCUCUUUAUGUCAGUAAAAUCCACACUCUAAAACUUCUA